AUGGAGGAUUCACAUACAGCCUCCGGAGACAUGGCUUCCCAGGGUGAUAUGGGGCAUGUUGACCAAGAUGCGCAAAUUGGUGAAGAUUCGCAAUCUAGGUCCGUGUCCCCUAUUAAGAAUGAUCAAAACGGAAGUGGAUCAGACAAUCCACUUGAUGCGCCUCUCUCCCCUAAGCCUCAGAACGAACAGCCUGAAGCCGAAGAUGAGGAGAUGGGUGGUACGGAGCAGGAUGCAAGGAAGGAGGACGAUGAUCAACCCGCAGAGGCUACUGCUUCCCAACAACUCGACGGUCCUAGCGAUGAUGCAAAAUCAAGCCUUGAGGCUUCUGCGCGUUCAAAUCUGAUUUCCCAAACCCACGCUAUUAUUCUUCCGAGCUAUACAUCUUGGUUUGAUAUGAGCAUUGUUCAUAACCUGGAAAAGAAAGCGCUCCCAGAAUUUUUCAACAGUCGCAAUCGCAGCAAGACGCCUGCUGUCUACAAGGACUAUCGUGAUUUUAUGAUUAAUACUUACCGUCUGAAUCCUGUUGAAUAUCUUACUGUGACUGCGUGUCGAAGGAAUCUUGCAGGAGACGUAUGCGCCAUAAUGCGAGUACAUUCGUUCCUUGAGAACUGGGGCUUAAUCAAUUACCAGGUUGAGCCAAGUUCGCGCCCUUCUAAUAUAGGCCCGCCAUUUACAGGCCACUUUAGGGUUAUUGCAGACACCCCGCGUGGGCUGCAGCCAUUCCAACCACCGCCUGGUACAUUUGUUACUCCAGGAAAACCCCACCCUUCGACGGAGAAGGCGGCAUCAGCAACUCCCCUUUCUAAAGCAGAUUUGAACCUUGAAAUUCGACGAAAUAUUUAUGAUGAUAAGGGCAAAGAAGUUGCCACCGAUGAUAAGGAUAAACAAGAAAAACAGACCAACGGGGAUAGAGUGGUCAAUGGUACAAGCACAGAUCCGGCUGCACGUGCUAUGGAAGCGGCCACACGCCCAAAGCGAAUUGCAAACUGUCACUCUUGUGGAAUCGACUGCACUAGAGUUCGGUUCCACUACUCGAAAGCCGUACCCGCUUCCGCAAGUGGUAGCGCCCCAGAACUGAAAUAUGAUCUAUGCCCGACAUGUUUCUUGCAAGGUCGCUUGCCCUCAUCCCAUCAAGCAUCCGAUUUUGUGAAGGUAGAAGAUGCCAGUCAUACCUCAAUUCCUGAUCGAGACAGACCUUGGUCUGAACCCGAGGUUCUCCUCCUACUCGAGGCACUCGAAAACUUCGACGAUGACUGGCGGAAAGUGGAACGCCAUGUUCGAUCUCGCACAGCAGAAGAAUGUGUGAUGAAAUUUCUGCAAAUGGAGAUUGAGCCAAAGUUUAUGGACGAUAUUGCGGGAGAUGGCCUACCUGAGCAAAAUUUGCUUAGGGGACAGGAUCCAAUUAGUCAGCUUGAAAAUCCAAUUCUUUCGGUUGUUGCACAUUUAGCCCAGUUGGCGGAUCCUUCUGUAACAGCCGCAGCUGCAGGCCGUUCUAUUGAAGAGAUUCGCCGUUCAAUGCAAAAGCAGAUUGAAAAGGUCUCUCCUGAAAACCAUAGUAAGGAAAAGGAUCAAGUCGAGGGCCUUACACAAACCGAAGAUUCUAUGGACAUCGAUGCUGUAAAUGAAGGCGAACCCGCCACUGUUGUCCGUGCUGUGUCUAGUGAAAAUUCGCCUCCCCCUUCCCUGCCAUCAAUUGCGAUUGCUACCUCCGCAGCGCGCGCGGGCGCUUUGGCUUCCCACGAAGAACGAGAAAUGUCCCGACUUGUCAGCGCCGCCGUGAACAUCACACUCCAAAAGUUUGAACUCAAGCUGGCCCAAUUCUCCGAAUUGGAGCAGAUUCUUGAAGCCGAGCGUAAAGAAUUGGAGCUCGCCCGGCAACAACUGUUCCUCGAUCGAAUGGCGUUCAAAAACCGGGUGAAAGAAGUUCAAGAUGCAUUCCAGGCUAUUAGUCUUGAAGGGCCUGAUGCAGCAGCAGUUAAAGCAGCAGAGAUUCGAACUGUAGGACUUGGAGCAGACAGCUAUCAAUUCCAAGCAGCUGGCGCUCUGGAUAGGUCUGUCCAGCCGCUGAGUGCUAGUGGGGUUGACUACAAAGUAUUUGAGUUGUGA